GCGCUAAGGAGUGGCCUACCCAAUUUGAUAGAAAACGAUCCUCUCUCUUGCAUCUUCUCUAGUUGCCCCUUGGAUCCUCAACGCGAUAUGAGAUCUUUAAUAUUCGUGUUGUUGGCCACUGGAGCAAUUGCGGGUACGUAUUCUCUUUUUUCUCAAUUUAAAUCCCUUUUUAAAACAAAUUGCUGCUUAUAAACGCCGUGACUUUAGAUUUGUUAGUGACCGCUGAGAGAUACCCUUUGGAUACGACGCGAUGUAUGGCGACACAUUCUGCCACAAAAUAUUCUGUUGCUUCGACUAUUCUAUUAUGGUAGCGUAAGUCUGUUAGACGCUGUUCUCUUUACCCUGAAAAGAGCACAAAACGUCACGCAUUUGUAAACAAUUUGUUAAAAACUCGAACCUGCAAAGGUAAUCGUUAUUUCUCUUAUUUCCCGGGGUAUUUGAUCGCUUGCGGCAUCGAACAUGGUACAGUUGGAUUGUCAUCAGCGUGGCAUAAACUUCUGCGUGUUAACUUUUCGAUUGACGACAAAUAAAGCCGUUUUUAAUGUCCUGAAAUCCUUCAAUUCCUUGUUACAUAAGAAAUUAUUUCUUUGCAAACCUCGAAUGUGCGGAAUUCGCCAUUGAUACUGCAUGGCGGUGAAUAUGUUCCUUUGGCACCCGGCUUCCGCUGGAAAUCGCUUUCUACGUAGAUUUUGCGUGUGUAGUCAAAAAUUUAAAAACGACGAAGAGCGAAUGCCGAGUGUAUAUUUUUUUGCUUAGUUCUUAAUAUCUUGGUGUGAUCUUUAUCAUUACAUUUGCUUCACUGCUGAUUAUGUCACAGUCUGCUUUUUUCUAUUAAGUCACGGCUAUUGCUUUAUAACUUACACUGAAUUUUCGUUAAUUUCAGCUCCUUUGUCUUACGACAAGGGGAAAACGCAUCGAUGUGACAAACGUAAGUACAGAGUCGCGGUCUUUAUUGUUCUAAUCUUAAAUCAUAUGAGCUUGGGAAAAAAGGAAACCUUAGUUUGUUUUAGACUUGUUUUAAGGAAAUUCACUCCCAUCGUUAUCAGCAAACGUUUUGGUGGGUGCAUGGAGCGAAAUAAUUUACGUCAAGACAUUUUUCUGAGUGGAGUGAGGGGGGGGAUUACGAUGGAGAUAAAGAUCUGUUUUCUGGCAGAUAGCUGGGAGUUAUAUUAUUUCUUUAGUUUUUGUCCUUCUCGAUAAAAAAACAUCGUUUUGUCCAUUUUAGUUUCAAGACGGUAUAGCCGUCGUUUUUGUUGCACAAUAAUUACUUCUAGUUGAAGUCACGAGUUCGAAGAAAUCGCUUUGUAAUGUCCGGCCGCCUGAACGAAUACCGGAAAUCGCUCGUCUCCAAUGUUGUUUCCCAGGGACCUGUUGACAACUUAGGGCACUGUAUGACCCCUGUUCUGUUAUUUCGAUUGGUUAGAUAUAUUGAAGCUCACACGCGCGCGACGAUGUGAAGUCGUAACGGAGCACGUGGCUAGUGUGACAGCGUGAACACUUCCUGUUUUUUUUAUAGGGGGUAAUAAAAGCCAUUUUACUUUAAAAAAAGAAACUGAAAAAUAUUUCGGAAAACACAAAGUGAUCUAUAUUCGCUAAAGAACAAUAAAAGAAUUGAACUAAAUACUUCAAGGAAGGAAACGUUUUGGGAACAAUCUCGUAUUGUGCAAUCUUCCCCCCUGACUUCCAUUCUAUCUACUUGUGGGUUUAAGUUCUUGUCUUGUUAUGUCUCUUCCAGGGUUAGAUAGAUUUCACCAUGAAAAAGAGUUUCCCUACAACUAUGAAGGAGAAACGAUAAGUAGUAUUCAAGGCGCAUCAACAGCUCGCUCCGGGCUGAAAAUUCGCGCAAGAUGUGUCAUCAAGGCUGUUGAACCAUGUCAGCAUGUCUUGAAGGUAAGAUAAACUAGUUAUGGACUCCCUCGAGUACUUAUUUUGGCGUGUUAAACGACUAUAGUAUGUUUACCCGGAUUCACGUUGUUUUCUUUUUCUAUUCAAGCCAUAAUAGGAGCUGCCCAUAGUAAGACCACCCCAUAUAUAAUGCUUUGACCUUCUACUAUUACUCUUUCGGUUAUGUAUUUAUAAGUCCCCGGAAAGCUAACUAUGUUUCUUUCGUCUUUCAAAUGCUUGAAAAACGAAAUUAGAAGUUAGCCUGCUGAUAUGCGAAUCAGUAUUGUUGAAAAGAAAACAGACUUACAUGGUUAUUAUAAUUUGUAACUAAAUAAUGCUUUUCGUUCGUUGGUUUCAAUAAUAAGAAAUCAACAUAUAGGUCACAGUGAAAUAAUACGUGCAUUUUAUUUGCAACUGAAUUUAGACCACAGUGAUCACAAAUUCUAAGAUCUUCAGGAGUUUUGGGAAUUGUUUUUGGGAACAGAUCGUUUUAGAGUGGCUUACCUCAUGCCUGUCAUGUGGUUAUUUAUAGUGGCAUUAUCUGCGCGCAAUUCAGUUAAAUGUUAUGAAUCCUUUUGCCUCACCGGGCAAACUGUCCUAAUUCACGAAAUGGCAUAAGUUAGUUACCAAAACAGAAAAAACGAAAAAAAAAAACUCAGUGCAUAGAAUCUCUCGUUUUUAUUGAGGGUGGAGUGGGGGGUGGGGCAGAAAGCAGGAGAUACAUUUAACUUUUCGAUACCUAUAUUUAUAUUGUAUGUAUGUUAUAAAUUUUAACCUUAUGUUGAAAAUCCUUCACUGUUUUUUUAUAGUUUUCUAGUAGUAACCGACUUUUGAGUGUUGUUACAAAGUGUUUUUUUUUGCGAACAAUCGCACGCAACUGUUUGUUCAACCCAUUCUCCGCCUCCUUCUUACCCCUUAAUUCCACUGACCUCUUUGACCCCUUUCCGGAAAACCCUUCAUUACAUCCCAACAUACAGGAAAGACGUACUCGUUUAAUCUAUCUUGGAAUGUCACAAUGCCAGCUGAUGAUACGAACGUAAACAAAUCCUAUUUCUUGACGCUCUAUAGUCCAAAGUUCAAAUUCGGUUCUACGCAAAAUUUUCUCAUGAGGAAAGCCAAAAAAUUGUUACAGGAUGUUCUAUGCGAGGAAGUACAGGAUGUCGAGAAAAAAGUCCUUAAAAUAGCGGAUUUUAAGUUGUGUAAUCUCUUGAUUUGCUGUACCCAUUGCCACGCCCAUAAUCAUCCCCCGGGUUGUCGUCCACGCAAUCCCCCAAUAAUCCUACCCAACCAGGCAAGUUCCUAAAAGUGUUUCGUGGUACAAACGUCCUAAAGGAUUCAACAUUCUGUUGUAUUCCUUAACAAUGUAAUCAAAAGAACGAUCUUGUGAAAAUUCAUCUGAUACACAUAAUGCUCGUGUAAACAAAAAUCAAUUAUUAGUGCGCCACAAACAAACCUUAAUUCCAAAGUUCAAUGAAUGUGGUUCGUUUUUACUCCUGUUCUUAAAUUCUGUUUGCGAGAGAAUAUACUAGCGACUGGACCUAUAAAGCUGCCGGUCUAAUGCGUCAGUUUUUGUGGUUUUGAUUUUUUGUUUAUUUCGAAAUUUGAGAGUAAAAACCGCAUACCGUGACACAAGACUUGCGUUUACGAUUUUGAAGAUUAACUUUUUUGUUCUUGUCAGGUCGUUGGUCAGUAAGGAUUAUAUUAUAUUUGUUCACUAAAGUGCAUGUAUUGCCACAAUGUUAUUGAUCCCAACUGUCACGUUUUUUUUUUCUAGCUUCAUUUUCCUUUCCCCGUCAGGUCUAGUUCGUUUUCAAAACAGAUUACUUUUGUUGCGAUGGGGCAAGAAAAAAAUAACUGCGGGUUGUGUCCCAAAACAGAACAGCACGGUCCAAAGUCUCGCUGGAGGGUCGAAGUUUGCUUUGUCUAUUUGGCAGAUAAAGGAAGAAUUUUAGUCCUCUUACAUGGACUAGUGCAACAUAAUAUCCUUCAAAAGAGCUUUGUUUUCGAUCCUGUUUUCUGGAAGAAAUUAAAUUUUGAAGCAUUGCACGCUCUUCAAACCGAGUAGCCUGUUUCAUUAAGCUUUCAAUAAACCUUUUCUUCCAAUCCUCAUUCUUUUCUCGUACUUACUUUUCCGUCUUCAUGCUAAGAACUAACACUGGAAAGGAUGCAAAACGAGGUUUUUUUCUCCUUAAACGUCGCAAUUUGGCCUUUAAAUCAGGUCUUCGUUCAGCGGAUUCGCACAGCUGUGCUUGGUCAAAGCAUUUCCGGUGUUAUUAAUACAUUUUAUGUAAAAAAAAUAGUUUGAAGUGACAAAGGCCCCUUGUCUCACUUCGUGGCUUCAUUUCUAGGUCAAGGGUAAUAGAUUUUGGCGUGGUUUUAUCCUUGGGAAGUGUAAAAACGUAAACUGACCGCGAAACAUUUCAGCAAGAAAAUUUUGCCUGAGGAAAGUGUAGCUUUAGUGGACGGUGUUAUAUUUCGCGAAACAACCGCACGUUUUCCGCUUGAAUCUGAUCUCUACCUUAUAACAGCACUCAUCAUGAAUCACGAAUAACAUGUUUUUAUUUGUGAUAAAAAGAUUAUUUUUGUCGAUUGGCAAAAGUAGCUCCUUGUACGACCACCUUAGAGGGCUAUGUUUAUGUUUGAAACACGCGAUUCGUGGUAAUACCAGACAUUGAAUAGCUGUAAAUAUAUCUGUUAUUUGAAAAGGAAAAAAAUCCCAGGCAAUCUUCGUUUAGUCUAGACCAUGUGCAAAUGGAAUUAGCAUCCUUGGCUUCAUUACUUUCUCGGGUGACGAAACUAGAAUCUUUUAUUUAUAAGAAAAAUUAUAGUUACGACACAACUUAUCCCGUUGAGUUUUCCGCAGUACAUAUUCAAGAACAGAUCACCUUUUGACUAGGAACUGAAUGACAGAAUUAUUUUUUUCUGGGCUCAAAAUUAUACCUAAAUCACGCCAUUAUUCAGCCUACAAAUACAGCCACCUUACAUCACUCCCCUUCGGGGAAUGUUUAGACGAGAGGCGAUGAAGAUCGGCUGUAUUCGUAAGCUAGCCAUACUGAAUUAUGUACUUAGAGGCUUCAUUUCGGGUAGCAAUUUUUUCACGUCGUGAGUCGCAAUACAUUUGAAAAAAACAAGAACAAAAAUUUAAAAAAAUCUUCAACAGCAGUCAUCCCAAUUUCCGGGCAAAUCCCCACCCGGGCAUUCCCCGGCGGGCAUUCCCGAGUACAAUCAUUACGUAAGAAAAACACUGUGAAGGCCAAAAAGCAAAAAGGAGGGUUAUUCAUAUUGGAUACGUUUUGUUUCGAUGCGAAUACAUAAUCUUUUUAAAAUGCAGCGUUUCAGUUGCUGUCCAUAUUUCUGGGCUUGAAAGCUAGAAAAUUCCGAGUGCACUGGGUAUAGGGCAAGAGGUAUUGCCCUGCCACUGACGGGCACUUGUGAAAUUUGAUUCUCUGAUUCAUGAUUUCUAUCUUAAAAUUUGUUUGAUCGCUCCUGAAGGAAUUCUAGACCACUACUGUCACGUUUGCCUCUUUUCCUUGACUUGUCUUUCAGACUUAAAGUCAGACUUGAAGGUGUGCAAUAAAAAAUUAUUGCAUGUCUCAUGGCGGAAACUACGUGCUUGUGUAUAAUCCAAUUGCUCCUGGUGCUAAUUGAUAGUCGAAAAAUGACGUAACAGUUAGGAUUUGUCUCUUCUUGUUAAACUUGCUUUAAGCUAAUUCAGGACUGCAGUAUUUUGAUUUUAACUUACGCGGCCGUAAUGUGAUACAAGGCCAAGUUCAACUCUAUUGAGCCCAUAUAUCAAAAGAUGAAGAUAUUAUCGGUUUCACAUAGUGUUGGAAUCCCACAAGUGAACUUCUCACAAUGUCACAAAACUCGCUUUUAGAAAAUGCUCCUUUUUGAAACUUAACUGAAAUUAAAUGAUCGUGGGUUAUACCAAAUGCCCUACAAACUUGCAUGUGAUCAGUCAAACUUGUGUGCUUUACAAGUUCGAGGGGAAUCUGCAAUAAAGAGCAAACCCCCCUUCUCGCUUCUAAAAUAAUGGAUUAAUACGCGAAGACGCGCCAAACGCGCAACUUCCUUCCUUCCUCGAUGUUCUUUUUUUGGGGGGGGGUGGGGAUGGGGAGACUUAAAAGUUUCGUCAAUUAUGUCCAAAAUUGUCUGUAAGGUUUCAUACCAACGGCAAAACAAAUACCCUGUGUGGAGAGUUUUUCUGGGCCGUUCUACUUUAGCUAAGAGCGGGAAUGACUUAAGCAACGGGAAACAUCUGCUCCCAAAAAUAAGCAAACGUCACAGAUCAGCGAAGUUGGGUACCAUAAAUUAACUCAAAGAAAACCUCAAAUAACAACGUCGAAAAAAUGAAAGAAAUGGCAGGCGUAGAGAAUUCUCUUUUUGCUCGUGUAAAUAAACCAACAAUGUUCGAUUUGCCUGAAGAAUCUUGUUUGGAACGUUUAUUAGCAUUCUUUCACUAUUUCUAAAAUCAUUCAAAAACACUUCUCUUGGUCACAAUUCACUAGAUAAUGUUGUGUUUGCCCUUGAUUUGGUGAGACCACCCAAACUCGAUAUCUCAUCCUUGCCACUUCUUGACCUGAAUUCUUGCGGAAGUCUAGGUUUUUUCUUUCACUAGUCUUUAUUUAAUCCUUUCCCCCAAAAGGGACUCGUAUGAAAUUUCUCCUCCUAUGAGGUUCUUAACAGUUAAAACCCUGAGAUCAAAAUUUGAAUUCUCAUUUGUUGCCCCUAUUCAUUUCCCACAGAAGUAGUUAGGAGAAGUUGAUAAAAUGUCAACCAAAAUUCACCUUGUGUGAUCAUGUCCGAAAUUCUCAUGACCACUCUGUUUUACAAAGCAUUGAUAUUACAGAGAGAAAUUUGGUACUGAUCACUCUUAGGGCUUAAAAGGGUUUGGCUUAUGGAGUCACGUAGGAUUGUGUUCACAGGCUCAUAGAGGAGGACAUAGAAUAAGAGAAAUAAAAAACCGAAUAAAAUAAGUCGUGUUUGUAAAGAAGUUUUUCCCGUCGGUACAUCUGAAGAAGGAUGGAGAAGAGAGAAGAUGCUCUACCAAACCAGGACGCGAAAUCUAAUAACUCGGGUCAUUUCACUAAUAAAAAUAUUUGAAAGACCUGUGCAGGGCAGUCCCACAGCAGGUUUAGAUCUUAAUGCAGGAGAGUAAUUUCAAAAAUAGCAGUAAAAGCUAUUCAAAAGCCAACUGUCGCAAAACCAGUGCUUUUUAACUCAGUCAAAAAUCAAGAUGGCGGAUACGCGUUCAUUUGCAAUUAAAGAUCCAGCGGUAUUCCUGUUAAAAUGUGCGCCCGCUAUUUGUGCAGUUACUCUUCUGGAAACGUUGUUUCGUAGAAAAAUAUUUGUGAGUUAGAAGUAAACAGACAUAUUUUGAUUUAUGUGAUCCAUAUUUUGUCGCAGCAAAGCAAGGGCAGUUGUUCUUUAUUUUAAGUCUCAAGUAAAGUCGGAAAAGAUGUGCAAAAGAAUUUUAGUCACCAAGGAUGUAGUUUUAUAUCCAGUCGCAUUGUCGACCGUUCAUGAGAUCAAGGGAUUUGGUCAACAAGUAAAAGAAAUCGUGAUUGUUUAACAAGUUCAUCUCAUUAUUUAAUACUUCAGGAUAGAUCUUGAGAGAAAAGCGUAGUUCUAGAAAAGCCUGCUGAUACUUCUUCCUUUCUUCCAGCUUGACACAGUUGAGCUCUGGGAAGCACAGAGCAAGAACCCCGGUCCCUUGAAAUACCAUGUAUCUCGGGGAUCAACAGCUUUUGCUGAAGAGCUUGAAGCUCAAGAUCUUGUAUUUAGAACCGACCGCGGUCGAAUCACUGAGAUCCUCGCCCAUCCAGAGGAACCUCCCCACGUAUUGAACAUCAAGAGGGGUAUACUCAGCGCGCUACAGGUGCAGUUCGUUAACGAGCAUGCCGUCUUGGAAGAGGUAAGAGACUGUUUUUUGCCCCUUUACUCGGUGGGGGGGGGGGGGGGAUGCAUGGGGAGGGUCUUUGGGACCAAGUGUAGCCCAGAGGUGAGAACACUCGCCUCCCACCAACUGAUGAAAUCCCGGCGUCAACGACAUAUGUGGGUUGAGUUUUAUUAGUUUGGUUCUCUCCGGGAGGUUUUCUCCGGGUACUCCGUUUUUUACCUCUCCUCAAAAACCAGCAUUUCCAAGUUGCAAUUCGACCAGGAAUGGUAGACGGAAGAACCACUACGUCAAUAUGCUACCUCUCAAUCGGUAAUUACUGUUAUUAUUAUUGUUAUUAUUAUUGAGGGGAGGGGCUACCCCAAGUAGCGAAGCAUGACGAUACAAAGAACUCCCGCGUUUGAGACUUUAGUUUCCUUAGCCAGACUUUCGGUGCCAAAAAAAAAAUAAAUCAUGUAUUUGGAAAACUUGACAAGGGAGAACUGACUUUGAGCAGUGUUUUUACUAAACACGAAACCUUUUUAAGUUUCCUUGUCAAGGGAAACAUUGGAAAGUAAAACUUGCCCGUGUGAACGGUCUGGAUAAGCAAAUUUGAAAUAACCCUAGCCACUGUAUUUUUUACAAUCAUUACUGGCCUUGACUGUCUUUGUUCUAAUUCGCACCUUCCAGGACGAUGUUGUAGGUAAAUGCAAAGUGCAAUACACCAUCAAAUCUCGUCACAUCAGCGGUCGACCCAAAGUGAUCUACAAGACACGAAACCUGACGGAGUGCUCCGAUCGCGCACAGACAGACGUCGGAAUUCACGUGCAUUCUUACGAAGAGAAGGUAUGGUUUAAAUCAUGUAAAACACGACAAGCACGAUCCGAAUUCUUGGUCGCCGGAGAUUUGUGGAAAGACUCUUUAAAUUAUAAAGGAUAAAAAUUGAAAUGUGAAAAGUGUGAGACGCGAAGAAUCGAGGCGAGUUCGUCAUCUCCGUGCGCAAAAGUAAUUAAUUGACGACAAAUGUUUCGAAAAACUGCGAAGGCAACUGCUAAUAUGUAGUGAUGAAUAGGGGACGUUUUUAAGUAUCAGUGCAGUAUACUUUGUUAAGUAAGCCCAGCAAGCGAUAUUGGCCAAGAGCUGAGUAGCGUUGAACAAAACGUUUUCAGAACUUUCGUAAAUAAGGCGAUGUCGGAGAAAAAGUUUAGGCAAAGGAACGCCAUGACGUAACCUCUCGGGUUGGGAUUGAGGAAGUAAAAGGGUUAAGAGUACUCAUCUGCCGUUGGUAGCUUCAAACACUUCUCUUUUAAAGCAACACGGAAAGGAAAGAAGUCAAAACAAGGAUUUGAGGUCACACGUGAGAAUCGAACCUGGGAUCUCUCUCGUACAGAAGUUCGCGCACUAGCCGACGGUGCACCUCUAAGACACCUCUAAGCUUUUUAUUACUGUUUUUUUUCACAGCCACUGAGCUUACUGAAUUCUCACAGCACGUGUAAGAUGUACUUAACUGCCAAGACUCGAACACAGAAGGUGGUUUGUGAGGAACAACACAUCUUUAGACCCUUCUCUGCAGGCUACAAAAAUACAUCUGGAGCUAUUACCACCACCAGGUAAGACGUGAAAGCCAGCGUAUUCUUUCGCCUGAAAACGUGUAGGCUACUAUUGAGGGCUGUAGCCGGGAUAUUCGACUUCUCGUGGAAUAAACAUACAGUGGAACCUCAAUAUAACGAACCUCUAUAUAACGAAGUCCUCGGUAUAACGAACGAUUUUCUUUACCUCAGUAAUAGCAAAGUAUAUGAAAAAGAACCUCGAUAUGACGAAACCUCGGUAUAGUGAACACAUUUUGCCAGUCCCUUGGCCCUACGUUAUAUCGAGAUUCCACAUUGUAAUUAAUUAUUCUUUUAAUUUCACCACAGACAAGUCUUGGAACUGCAAUCAAUCAAGACAACUGACCCUGAGCCAGUUGCUAUCGGUAUGUAUUCAAAUAAUUUUGCACUCCUGAUUUUAAGAUUUGAUAGAGGGUUACUUUUCAGCAAGGGAAGUUAAUAUUGGCCAUUUUUAAUGUAACGCCGGAGACUGGGUCCUUUUGGUGUCGAAUUGCACUGUGGGAUUGUAUUGGGGGACGAAUUUGACCCAGUAUCCUGUGCAGCCUCAUAACACCAAAUAGGGAGCUUAAGCAUCGACAAGUGCAACGGCAGCGAAAACUUUUAAAAUGAAUUCGCGUUUUUUCAGACUUUGUCGCGCUUCUUCCAAUUGUAGGCGAAUUUCCCCGGAGUUGAUUUCUUGGGGACCACACUCAAGUUUUGAAAGAGGAAGAAAAAUUCGUUGUCGCUUCUUUACGUCGUCCAUAAAAGUGAAAUUCGGGAUUUUCACGCCGCAGUCGUGCAGUGAAGGGAAAGAAAUGUACAAAAAAGUGUGCUGCAACGUAUUGUUUUUUUGACGUUUUCGCUGCUGUCGCCGUCGUCGUUGCUAAAGCUCCCUAAUAAGAGAAGCGACAGCGUUCCCAAAAAUGUCCCAUGGUGCAAUUAGAGACAACAUUGUGUAGCUGUGCCCGGGGUAUUUUCUUGGAGGCUAGCGAAGCGAAAAUCAAUUUGUCUUUCCCUUCAUCUACUCAUGGCACCGCCGAUAAAAACCUUCGGCAUUCUCCCGCUAAUCGUAGUCAGGCACACAGGCUGUGUAAAACUUAAAUCAGACAACGUCUAAAACCAUUUUACUGUGACGUUGCCAGAGCUUCGUUCUUCUCUUUCGACUAAAAACCCUCCAGGAUUAAGUCAUUCAAAAACAGUGGCGCAGAUUAAAUGGAACAAGAACUAGGCUAACUGACUUUUUGACUUAAAAAGGCUAAUUACUAGCUAAAUAACGUGGAGAUGAAGGUCAUCGGUUUUUACAUACGUGGACAUCAAGUAAAAGGAGAUAAUCCUUGUAAUUUUUUUUUCAGAGGAAUUUCGGUCUGUUUCACUGAAGUACGCCCAUUCCACACCCGUGUCCAACGAAGAUGCCAUAAUAAAUGCGUACUAUCUUGUCAGCCGUUUGACCCAGCAAUCCCGUACGAGUACCAAACCAGACUCCGCACAGCACUUCUCGGAACUUGUGUUCAGUAUCCGCAAGCUCAACACUCCAGCCAUGGAGAAACUGUGGCAGAAGGUACACCAAGAGGAAGAUGAAAAGAUGCAGUAAGUGUUAAUAAUGUCACCUCACUCGACAGAGAGGAAGACGCCGUAUUCAGGCAUUAGAGACUGACAUCCAAAUUGAGUGAAAUAUAAUAAUAACCGCUUAAAAUAUCACCCACAGGUUUAUUUAACAAAUCAUGGCAAAUACACAUGAUGGCACGAAUGACCUCAGUUAAGGAUGAUUAAAACGGUUAACGAUUGGGUUUUAGAAAGUUGUUUCACGGGCCAAAAGUCAUUUUCAUUUUUUUGUGGUGAAUACGCGCGAAAGACAAUUUAUGUUAUUUUUAAAGCGUGAGUCAUUUGUUUUUGAACUCAAGGUGAAGUUUCAUGGAACGUAUUUGACAAACGUAAACAAAAUGGGCUUAACUUUCGUGUAACGGUCCCAUAAGCGCAGGUCAGCGACACCGUAAACCCUUGUGUUCUCGAGAAGGAAGAAAGGUUGUUAAGCGAAAUAACUGUUUGAUCUGCAAGAUUCUUUUCAUGCUUACUCGCUGUCUUUGGUGAAUCUAUAAACUCAUAACGUUAAAUUAGAUGUAAUACUGUGUGGUAUGUCUUGAUAAAUACAACUUCGUCCUUGAAAAUCUUUUUUUUAGUGAAUAUCUGUACGAUGCUUUACCCCACUGUGGAACUGGGGGCUGUGCUAAAGUCAUGAGUUAUGCGAUAAGGGAAAAGUUAGUCAGCCAUGAGCGAGGCAACAUGUUCCUGGCUGGUCUUGCUAUGGCGUCAAAUCCCACCAAGGAGACGGUUGAACACGUGUUGGAGCUUUGCGAAGAGAAUCCGGGUAGAACGGCCAUGUUGACACUAGGAACACUCAUACACAAGGUCUGCGAGAGCAACCCUCGGGAGUGUGACGAAAAGGUUAGUUCAUAAAAACCUGAAAAAAAUUGUCAGAAACUUACCUUGGUAUAGACGUCUACUAGCGAAGCUUGUGUUUCCUUACAGCAAUACAAGUCAAAACAAUCAUAAAAAAUGUCCUUUGUAGGAAUCAGUUACUAUGCUAAGCACCAGCUCCAGUGAAGGGUAUGGCUUGUCCCGGGUUACCGUUAGUGAUUGAGCAAAGAAUGUAAGCCGUUUAGCAUCCGUAUGAAGCCAGUGAAAUGAGUGAUGGAGAGUGAGAACUGUACAAUUCCUUGCUUCUGAACUACAAGGCCUAUAAAGGAAAUUUACCCAAACAAAGAACCCAAGAAAUUAUUGUUGACCUCAACUCUCUAACUAAUUGAGCAGCGCGGUCAAUCCGAAGCAGGAUUAGGCUCGAUUACCUUCCCGAGCGAACAGCGGAAAUCGAACUUAAAGCAGGAUGCCCAAAAAUAAAACGUGUAACGUAAACUAAAAUACUGUUCCACUUUCGCCCCUGCUAGGAGGAAGGUAGCCCCAUCACCAAAGCGGAAAGCUUCUUCAAAUCACGUCUUGGCUUUGCAUGCGAGGGUACAACACCAGAAGACUUCGAAAAUAUGCUCAUUACUCUGAAAGCCAUUGGAAAUGCUGGUCGUCCUGCGUCUGCUGAACACGUCCUGCUGAGAUGCGCCCUCAAUCUGGACGCACCUGUCAACAUGAGUAUUGCUGCAUUGGAGGCCCUCCGUCGCUUACCUUGCAACAACCAUACGACAGGGCAACUUCUUAAGAUUUAUGGCGAACAUGACCUCGAUGUUGAAAUCCGUAUCGCUGCGUAUCUCGCUCUUAUGAAGUGCCCCAGUCCAAGUGUUUUCAAACAAGUCGCUAAAAUCCUCAACGACGAAGUCAACAACCAGGUUGGAUCGUUCGUAUGGUCACAUAUGACGAACGCCAUGGAUUCAACAGAGCCAGUACAUGGUCUUCCUCAGGCCGAGAUGAUGAAGGACGCUCUAAAUGGAAUGAAACUGCGAGAGUUUAAUCUCAACAGGUUGAAAUUCUCACGUGCUUGGGAAGGAUCAUUUUACAGCGGUAGGUUUGUUUCUUCUGGCCAUGCUCUUCAGCUAUGACUUUCGACCAUGCACAACGUCGAACAGCACUCCGUGUUUGUUGUGACCGUUAAAAAACAUUUUAAGUUAACGACUCUACCAACCCGUUCAGCGCUCUUCAUAGUAAAGCAUCACCAUUACCAGUAACAUAACAAAUCCAUCAGAAUAAUGAGGUGCGAAAAUUGUACUGCUUUCUUCAGAUGACAAGGUCAAGUUCGUUCUUGGCUAUAAGUAUCAACUAGAGAUGAUGGUCAUUGGUCAUUCUUUCCUCCCCCCAUAAUAGCAACGUAGCGUUUUGUUAAAUUAAGAGUGCUGAAUUAAUCUAACUGUACCGUUAGUCUAGCAAUCCAAGCUUUAUUUUCAGUUUUGGGUCUGUUUGUAUCGAAGAUAGACCCAUUACCCUUACUUAAGCUUGGCUUUUGUGAUGUUGGCUUGUUCUAGCAACUACCCCGACUAAAAGUUCCUUUUUCUGUUUUCAUGCAGACGUUUUGAGAUUUGGUGGAUCGGCGCAGAGCCACAUUAUCUUCCAUCCCAGCAGCUUCUUUCCACGUAGUGCCAUGCUGAACCUUACAGUUGAUGUCCUGGGAGCGUCCAUUAACGUGCUUGAGACAGCCGCACGCUUCGAAGGUGUGGAAAUCCUGAUCGAACAAUUCUUUGGUGAUGAGGGGUACUUCCCUGAUGACCGCAUUAUGAAGAUGUUCAACCUGAAGCCCUACGAGGAGAGAGACAAGGAGGAGAGGACUGUCAAUAAAGUGCUCCGAAGACAGAGGAGUCUGAGCAUUGAAGAGGACAUCAACCGUGUAGAGAAUCAUCUUCAUAAACUUCACCGAACGGUCAGUUUAAGGAAAUCGUUUUUCAAAGCAACAUUUUUCCCUAAACGUGCACCGUUUAUACAAAUCCUUUAGGGAUUGCAUCAAAAUUACAAACGUUACAAUAGGCUUUGUUAAACCUCUCUGUAGGCGAUUCAGUUGACCGCUUUUUUUAUCCUCAUGCUGUGAAACAAAUCCGCAUCCUUCAUAUUUUGACUUCCUCGUAGAAAAGGCUUUACCUCUUCAUAUAUCUUACUGUUCAGUACAAUGAAACCACGUAAGAAGUGAAAUAACAGAGUGGUCCAUAGAAUUAAAGCAACGACAACGCCGACUUCGCGAUGAAUAGGAAACGAAACUUUGGUGUUUCGCCCGAUGGAAUGCUAUUGUGAGGGCGAGUUCAAAAGGUUUUGUGUAAAUCCUUUUAGCAUUGAAUGAAGUCAUCAAAUGAUCAACUUCCAGUUGUUAUUAUUUGCUUCCAGUCUCCAACGUUUCCGCCUGCUCUAGGUCACUAGUAAAACGGGGUGGCUGUAAGGUGGGUUUCCACUGUGGCUCCAAUUCCAUGGUGGUGAAGUUAGUGAAAAUAUUGUUUCUCCAGAAAAAACCUCUUUUAGUUAUGUUUAUCCAUCACUUCGAGAGGUGACUCAUAACGAGUUUUUCGUUAUCUCCUUUACAGAUGGACAAUCGAAUGCAUCACCCAUCUGGCGCUCUCUCUGUGAAGAUGUUUGGUAAUGAGAUCAGACUUGCCAGCUUCAACGAUAUUAGCUGGCUAAACGAUGAGAUCGACAAGGUAAACGUCAUCGAUUUCUUGCUCCUGAUGGCAAAGGGUGGCAAGAAGACCUUCAGCAAGAGCAUGAUGUUUUUGGACGCCCAAACUACCGUCCCUACUAUUCUUGGUCUGCCGCUUAAACUGAGUGCCAAAGGAACCACCGUUGCUUCUGUGGAACUCGCUGGAAAGUUUGACAUCAGGAAUAUGUUCUGGGGAAAAAUGAAAUUUGAUAUUCGAGGCCAUGUAAAGCCAAGGUGAGAAAAUAACGGAAGAGGCUAAUCGUUUCUCAACACCCCACGUAAUUCUUUUUUUAUCAAUUUCUUAUUUCUAAGAUGAUAAGAAUGAUGAUUAAACCGCGUGCCUCCUGGUUGGCUCAGUUGGGAGAGCGCCGGUCGGCUGAGCGGGAGGUCGCGGGUUCAAAUCCCGGCCGGACCAAAACUCAGGGUCUUUAAAUAGCUGAGAAGAAAGUGCUGCCUUUGUAAUGACAUCUGCAAAUGGAUGGCGUGUUAAUCAGCAGUGAUACUAACCAAUGCCACAAUAACUACUCUGUAAACAGUGAAAAUGAAGAGCUAUUAAAAAUUUACUUCUUAGCCGAUUGAGGUUUUUUUGUUUCAACUGACGAUAAGUUUUUCUUUGUUUUAUACAGUGCUGUAGUCGAUAUCUCUGGUCGAAUGGGCGUGAGCGCUGUGCACGCUGAGGCUGGUAUCCUUGUUAACUCAUCUGUGUACACUGUUACCCAAAUCAAAGGAAACGCCACGUACUCUCAGGGUGAACUAUUGAAGUUUGAAGUCGGUGUUCCUGAGGAACCUGUGCAGUUUUUUAACUUCUCGUAAGUACACGAAUGAUGAUACUUAUUGUAACCAUGAAAGCAAGUGUAAAUAGGGACCACAGCGAAACCGGUUCUUCGAUGUAAUACUUAGAGGAACUGUGUCACAAAAUUUAUCAAAAUUAAAGCAGUGGGAACUGCUAUACAAUACAAUACAUACAUUACAAUACAUUAUUCUUUAUUUAACAAAGGUGACGUAAUAACCCAAUGAGUUAUCUAACUUACGGCCUUCACCACAAUACAAAAUACACAUAUAAAAACAAUGCCUAAUCAGUAAUAUACGACUACAAGAGAAAAAAUAGAACUAGACAAAUGUAUGGUUUAACAUAGAUAUAACAUGAUAUAAACUAAUUACCUUCUAAUACAGUUACAAUAAAGAGAAAAACGACAAUCAUAACACAUUAAUUCUUCAAGAUGAGAAACGUUACUAGCAAACUUAAGGAAUAAGAUAAGGAGUUUAUGCUUAAAAUUAUUUAAUCUAGAUGAAAAAAUAGUAGAAGAAGGAGAUACACACGCAUUUUGCUUAAGAUCAGUGUCAAGGCAAUUAAAAAGAGUGGCAGCAGACAGCAAACUGAGUGAAAAACAACUGCUCCAAACAUGAAAUUCUCUGCCAACAGGGCCUCUUUUCCCUGAUGUAUUCUGAAUACCAGGGAAAAGAGGCAUCUGCUGGCAGGGAAAACAUGAAAAGAAGGUGUAAGUAAAACAGCAAAUACAAAAGGAGGCACGGAUGGACACACUCGAAGAAGAUCAAAACGGAUUGCAAUUUUGGCUUUUUGAAAACUUGUUAGGCUAACAGAUAUUCAAAGUGAACUGUCUUUUUUUAAUGUAAUGUUUGAAAGACAAGAGGAGUUUGACACCAUGCUGUAAUUAGGUAAUUUCUCACGUUCCAUACUGAAAAAAUACGCGUAACUGGAAUUAUAGGCCAAAUGAACUCGAGGUUCCACUAUGUGGACAGCUGCAACAAGGCCCCUUUAACUAAACUGUUUGCUUCUGUUACAGGUCGUCUCUUUUCACUACCCUCAAUGAUGAGAAACAGGCUAUUGAAGGAACACCAAGACGGCUUGAGGUAAAGAACUCAAUUUACUUAAAAGUGAUAAUAUUUCCCUUUGAUCUGGGUCCUUUAACAGCUCUAAGAGCUUCCAAGAUCUGUGGAUAGGUUUUGAAUUUAAAGGUGGAAAGGAGUGCAAUAUGUUUUUAAGUGAUCUUUGAAACUUGUGGAGUCCUUCGCUGUUUUCGUGUUUUUAAUACGUCUUUCCUUUUCUCCCUGUAAUAGCCAUCGCCCUGCCUGAAUAUGACACGCCUUCUUGGACUGAGAUUCUGCGGACAGCUGUCCUUGCCUAUUGGUUACCGGAACUUGCAUUCGCCGUUUUAUCCAUUGUCUGGUCCAGCUUCGUACAGUAUCUCAAUGCAGCGCACCGAUCCAAAACUCACCAAGUAUCAACUGCUCGCCGAACGCUUGAGCACCGAGGAUGAGAACAGAUACGAUGUCAUUGCCACUAUGUCCACUCCUGGAGCAACCUGGGAGCGAAACUUCGACACCAACGUGACGUUGUGGCUUAAAGAAGACGGCAAACUAUUCACCUUGUCCACAGGAGCACUUGGUACAAAGUUUGGCACCUUUGAAGCAAUUUACAAUAACAACACGCAUGCACUGAAUCUUACGUAUUCUGCCAAAGAUGCAGUUUACGGACAUCCAAUCAUCCUUAAUGGUCAGUUCUUUAAUAACACGAAGGACAGCCUUUCGCGAGAACUUGGUAUCCAGUUGUCUGCCUCGUACAGGAACUAUACCAUCAAGCAGCUUACCAAGCUCUACAACAGAUCUGGUGCGUAUGGAUUUGUAAAUAACAUCACAUACUGGCCUGAGAAAUAUCUCUAUGCUUCUGGCGAGCUAAACAUCCCAAAGAGAAACGUCCGCUUCUUGGCUAAUCAUACAUGCACAAAAACGGAAAUCAGCUUCAAUGGAAACCUUGGUGAAGAAGAAAAUAGCUUCCUUUUCAACUUUGACAACAAGCCAACCAAGGCAGGUAUCGAACUUACUGGCAGACACCUGAAAGCAGAAAAGAAAGGCGUCAUCCACUUAUUUGCUCGCCCUUGUAACCAGUCAUUUACUCUACGCGGUUCCUAUGCCGAGAGUGGAAACGAGAAAGGCAUCCGCUUUACAGCCAGCCAUGACAACAGGAAGCGUUUAGUUGGAUGGUACGCUGGUAUUGUAAACUCAACCAAAGAGAAGUCUAUCAAGGCAAACGCCACUGUCCUUGGAAGCAAAGCGGAGGCUGUAUGGAGCUAUUUUGACUUGACGCAGGAGAAAGGAUUCAAGUUCAAUGGACUCCUUCUGAACGAAACGUUCGAUGCUGCUUGGUUAUACUUCAACGCUGGCCAAGAGAAGGGAUUGAAAUUCAAUGCCACAAGCUUCAACAAGACAAUGCAAGCAGCAUGGACCUUCCUGAAUGUUACAACAGGAAAAAGCUUGAAGUUCAAUGCAUCUGUCAUCAACAAGACCGUUGAAGCAGUGUGGUCAUAUGUCAGCAUCGGACAGGAGAAGGGACUGCGAUUGAACGCUUUGGCGCUGAAUUACACCAUGGAUAGUACCCUGGUCUUCCAGAACGUUACCGGCACAAAAAGCAUCAAAAUUAACGCAACCGUUGUAAACAAAACUCUAGAGGCUGUGUGGUCAUACGUAAACGCGGGAAAAGACAAAGGAUUGCGCUUUAAUAUCACAGGCUUUAACAAGACAGCUGACGCGAUGUGGUCUUACUUCAACGACGGCGUGCAGAGAGGAAUUCGCUUUAACGCUUCCGCCCUCAAUAAGACUGUGGACGCCACCUGGACCUUCGUCAACCUCACAAACGAAAAGAGUCUGAAGUUCAAGGCCGUCGCCUUAAACCGAACAGUUAAUGCAACAUGGAGUUUCCUUAACCUGGCCAAUGAGAAAAGUCUAAAGCUUAACAUAAGCGCUCUCAACAAGACCUUAGAUGCCAAAUGGUCCUUCCUUAAUUUCACCAACGAAAUAGGACUCAAAUUCCAAGCCAGCUGUAUGAACAAGACUGUUGAUGCUACAUGGAGUUUCGUUAAUUCGGCCAAAGAGAAAAGCUUGAAGUUUAACGCCAGCGCCCUAAACACAACCUUGAAUGCCAAGUGGUCCUUCCUAAACCACGCCCACGAGAAAGGAUUGAAAUUUCAAGCCGGCGCUCUCAACAAGACCAUUGAAGCAGCAUGGAGUUUCGUAAACUCGGCCAGUGAGAAGAGUCUCAAGUUCAAUGCCAGUGCUUUGAACAAAACCAUUGACGCCAAGUGGUCUUUCCUCAAUGUUGCAAACGAGAAGGGACUCAGAUUCCAAGCCACUGCCUUCAACAAGACCAUUGACGCGACAUGGACUUUCCUAAACUCGGCCAGUGAGAAAUGUCUGAAAUUUAAUGCCAGCGCUCUAAACAAGACCUUAGAUGCCAGGUGGUAUUUCCUUAACUUCACUGACGAGAAAGGAUUGAAAUUCCAGGCAAGUGCUCUUAACAAGACUAUUGACGCGACAUUGAGUUUGAUCAGCUUGCCUAAGGGGAAGAGUUUAAGGUUUAAUGCUAGUGCACUUAACAAGACCAUCAACGCCACGUGGAGUUUCAUUAGCAUGGAAAACGAGAAGAGCUUAGUUUUUAAAGCCAACCUUCUUAAUAAGACCGUUAACGCCACUUGGACCAUUCUCAACUUAGAAAAGGAGAAAGGCUUGCUAUUUAAAGCCAGUGCCAUUAAUAAGACACUCGAGACAUCAAUCACCUUCUUCAACCUAGGAAAGGAGAAGGGAUUGAAGAUUAGCGCAAAGGCACAAAACAAGACCAUAGACGCAAGUUGGAUUUUCCUUAACGUGACAAACGAGAAGAGUUUGAAGUUCAAAGCCAGCGCUUUCAACAGGACAGUUGAAUCGGCUUGGUCCAUCCUUAACUUCCCUACUGAGAAGGGCAUCAAAUUCAGUGUGACUGGUUUUAACAAGACGAUAGAUGCAGCUUGGACCUACAUUAACUUGACCAAUGAGAAGAUUGUAAAAUUCAAUGUCAGUGGGAUGAGAGGAAAUAUAGAAGCUACAUGGAGUUACUUGAAGACAGAAAACGAGAGGUCAAUCAAGGUUAAUGCAUCUGCUAUGAAUAAAACUGCAGAAGCUGUCUGGAGCUACUCGAAGAGUAAGGACCAGAGAGCUCUUAAAUUUAAAGCCGCGUUGAUGAACAAGACGAUUAAAGCCAGCUGGAGUUACAUGAAGAACGAGAAAGAAAGAGCCAUCAUGUUUAACGCCUCCGCGUUGAACAAAACUGUUACAGCUGUCUGGGGCUUCGUGAGGAAUCAGAAUGAAAGCGCGCUGAGGUUUAAGGUCUCCACAAUGAACAGAACAGCAGAAACCGUCUUGAGCUACUUCUGUAAUGAAAACGAAAGAUCCGUGAAGUUCAACGCCUCGGUAAUGAACAAAACGGUGGAGGCUGUCUGGAGAUACGCGAAGGGCGAAAACGAGAAAUCUCUGCAGUUCAAGGCGUCCGCACUGAACAAAUCUGUUGAGGCCAUCUGGAGUUACUCGGAGAAUGAGAAUGAGAGAGCCAUCAAAGUUAAUGUCUCCGCCCUUAACAAGACUUCAGAAGCAAUAUGGAGCUACAUCAGGGAGGAAAAGGAAGCAACCCUUAAAUUUAAGGCUACUGCAAUGAACAGAACGAUUCAAACAAUGUGGAGCUACAUGGUAGACGAAAACGUAAGAUCAAUCAAGUUUAAUGCCUCUGCCUUAAACAAAACUGCAGAAGCCAUCUGGAGUUAUUCCAACAACGCACGUGGGCGAUCCAUCAAGUUCAAAGCUACAACCUUGAACAAAACCAUGGAGGCCGUCUGGACUCUCUUAAACACUGAUUCCGAGAAGGGACUCCAGUUCAAUCUUGCAGUGAUGAAUAAGACCGCGAAUGCCUCGUUGAUUUAUUUCUCAAGCCCAUCGAACUUGGGAGUUCGUUUCAAUGUCAGUUGCUGCAACAAAUCGUUCGAGCUAGAGAGCAAACUCGUUUUUCAGGAAAGGCAGAAGAAACUUGUGAUCAACGCUUCCUACCAGAACUACACUGUCGCUCUGAUUGGAAUUUUCCAGAAUUCAACAACUCAGAAGCGCGCUUGUCUGUUUCCUAAAUAUGUUGGUCGUUCUCAUGGGGGAAUCUGUGCCAUUUUCACAAAUAGCUCAGAUGAGAAAAGCCUUUCCCUCAACUUUACCAUCUUAAACAGAACAGGGGAAUUGAAAACGCAGUGGGUUAAGAAUCGCGUCGAAAUGGCAAACCGAGUAACUGUUCAGUUCAACAGAACCACCCUCCUUGAAUCCUGGUUAAGCUUCCUUCACUCGACCGAGAAGAAGAGUCUCAACUUUAACACGACGGUAAUCAACAAAUCAGCCAGUGCUUCUCUUUACUUCCGCAACACAACAGUCAAAGCUAUUGGAUUUGAAGCCACAGUUUUAAAGAAACACGUUGGCGUGGAAGGCGUCUGGCUCAAUGGCAAGACCUUGAAAGAGGCUGCUGUCCAACUCUUCUGGAACAAGACUGUCGUCGCGAAAACUACCCUCAAGCUCUUGAAUAAUAGCAACCGCAAGAUGGUCGAGGUACGCUCACAAGUUGACCGCUUCGCUGCAGAAUGGCAGUCGUCACUGAUUAGCCAAUCAGGGGGUGUGAAAGAGCUCAUAAUGACCCGCAUGGCUAGAAAUGGAAGUCAAAGCCUAUUCUUUGAUAGCUCCAAACUGACAUGGUCAAAAACGAGCAAGAGCCUUUCACUUGGUUGCCAGUACAAUCUUAAACUGAUGGGACGCUCUUAUGAACACGGGUGGGUCGCAGCAUACAACAACUAUUCCAAUGCCGAGGAUUCCUAUCACGAGGCCACUGUUUCUCUCAUUUCCUUUAAAGACAAGGUUGUAACAUUCACUGGUGUUUACAAAAACAACACGGAAGAGCUCUCCAACGUUCUCACCCUUAACUACCUGCCUGAGAAAACAAUGACGCAUUCCUUAACUUGGUUUAAGAAGAGCAAUUCUGUAAAAUUGAGCUUGGAGCUACUUCCAAGAAGGCCUAUUACCUGGACAACCACCUGGAACACAGAGCAUGGUAUCUCGAUCAACAGCGCCGUCGAGUUUUUGAACAAGAAAAUUGAAAACUGGUUUACUUACAGCAGAACCACUGGUGAGUACAGUGGACACUUUGAGAUCUGCCCGGCGUACCCUGUGAAAGUAAGUGGUCUGCUCACUAUGGAGAAUGGCUUGCACUUAACGAGCGAAAUUUCGGCGUUCAAAAGAACAUGGAAUCACAUGAUCAAUUUCAGAAAGAACGAUCAGCAACUUCUCAUAUCCGUUGAGCUUGUCCCUAAUAUCCCCGUCGCCCUGGAUGUUAACUGGAACACUAACCAAGGAAUGCAAAUUGCCAUGGAUUUGAAAGGUUUUAAUAAAUCACUUCAACUCUUCUCCUCCUACGACAACCUCACGAAGACGCUAGUUUCUGGCCUAACGGUUCUAAAGAAAACAUUCACCUUAACUGAGAAACUGGACAUAGAAAGGAAGACUCUGGUCCUGAUGCUUGCUGCAUUCAAUCGUACCGUUGGUUUCACUGGACGGUUUGACUGGAAUAACUAUGUUGCUAGCUCUUUUGUAAGAUACCAGAACAACCAAGCAGGAUGGCUCUUAAGAUUUAACCCAGCGGCGAGGAGCAUUGUCUUCAAUGUAACCGUUUCUCCAAGAAUCUCGGGCCAGAUUGUCGGCGAGAUGCCAAAUAACCGCAGUCUUCAGGUGACUCUUCAGCGUAAACUCGGUGUGAAUGUGGUUAACGAGUCUCGUCUUAUGUACCUCUUAAACGCAAAGGCAAGUCGCCUGACAUUUACGUGGAAUACGACCUCCGUAAACACUCUUGUGGGAAGAGUUCAGGUCUUAAAGUCUGUUAUCAGAAGCACCAUCGUGAAAUACUAUAAUCUUACUGUCCGAAGAGCGAAGAACUAUACUAAAGAACUAGACAGGAUUGUGAAGACACUAGAAGCUAAAAUCAGACCUGCGGCUCUGAAGCUGUACGCUCGGGUGAAGCGUUUCGAUUACAAUGGACUGGUGACGAAUCUCACAGCAAAGGCUCAGAACGCCACGCUUCGACUUAUCAACGUGACAUUUAACUUCCUGAAUGGCACUGUAAAGCGCUUUUCAAUUGUCAUGCGCAAUGCCAGUGUAUAUUAUAAAGGGAUCCUGGGUAACGCUACUGAUCUUUUCAAGAGUAUUAACCUAAAUGUAACCGAAGCCUACGAACGAUUCCGACGAGAAGUGCUGCCACCCAUAGUUGGAAAUGUAACCCUACAUCUGAAAAGUAUCACUCGAGAUAUCAAAGUCUGGGCGAAUAACGUUUCCCUUUUAGUGGGUUCCGUGACACUUCGUGGGCAGAAUCUUAAGGAUAUAGCCAAGAACAUCUCUGGCAAGGUUAAAGUUGUAACAGCAGCCCUUCUUGAAAAAGUUAAAUUGAAAACACGUGAACUUAUUGUCAAAAUUCGAGAGGUUGAGAUUCGUGGGGAAAAAGUUGGUCCUUUGUUCGACGAAUACGUGUCUAAAGUUGAGGAAUUCACAUGUGGUUUUAAUACCUCCUGUACACUUGAAAAUUUAACCGUCAUCGCCAAGAGCUUGGGAAAGAGUAUUCGUAAUAUCACGGUUCUCAACAAGACUGUUGAAGAACACGUCAAGCUUCUGAACAAGACAAUCCAGCAGCACUUCAAACAGUUCAACACCACGCUUCGCCAGCAGUUAAAAACCCUGCACAAGAAAGCCUGCUUUGUACAUCAGAUAGUGAUGAAUUUCACGAGGAAUGCAACGAGAAUUCUUCCGAGGCUAGUACGAAAUGUUACCAUCCAAGCCAUUCGCCUGGCGAGAAGCGUAAGCAAUGAAGUUCGGAUCAUAGCCGUGAAGGUCAGAAAUGUCACACUUGCAACUUACACUAAGCUGACAACGAUCAACAGCCCACUCAUCAACUUCACAACCAAAGCUUACAUCUCUAUUAAAGGAAAAGUGUAUCCUUUGAUGGUAAAGGUUUUCCACCCCAUUCGCAAGUUUGCUAUGGAGCUUAACAACAAUGUAUCCGCUUAUCUGAGGCCCAUUGUUCCUUUGGCACUUGGCACUAUGUACCAACUAAGAAACAUCACUAUCCGUGGUAUCCCCAUUGGCCACACACUGGAUAAAGCGGUUAUCAUUUCCUUGAAGUUAACAUCGGAAACUUUAAAGUCUAUCAAUCACACGCUCAGUAGUAACAUCUCCGCCGUUGUCAGCUUUAUCCGCGAAAAUGCAGCAAAGAAACCUGGAGAGAUCAUAGAUUUGACCAUCAGGAAGAGCAUCCAGCUUUACAAUCUCACCAUGAAAGUCUUUAACCAGUCUCUACACCUCAACCUGAGCAAGCACGUUUCUCUGGCCUACAACAAAUCUGUGGAAGUCUUCAACAAGACCCUGCAAAAGCUUCUGGAGCUUCGUCCUAAAGAUAUGAUAGAAAUAUCUAUUGAGCGAAUCGAAGACUUUGCUAGGAACAUCACCGCAGAGGUUUUAAACAUCACUAAACAACUACGUGGCCUGGACCUUAUUCUUCGCUUGAAGACAGCAUGGGCGGAAAUGGACCUUAAAGGUAAAAUUGAAGCUCUUGGACUUAAGGCGAGAUGGCAAAACCUCGUGCAGCGCAUUCGAGCAGUCAACAUAAAAGAACGGGCACUCCUGGUUAAAUACUACAUCAGUAACGUAACACUGAAAGUACAGAAUGAAUUACAGGACCUCAUCAGACUUACCCAACAUAUCUUGAACUUAACAGGUUCCCUUAUCCGCAUGAAUACUACCAAAGAGGUGUUGCUGGAAGAAUUCAUUUCCCUUGCAAAUGAGAGUAGCCGCAUUUUCAUCAAGUAUGGCAUCAUGGCUAGGAACACCACCUCCGAGUGGAGAAGGAAGCUGCUCAAUGCUUCUUAUGAAACGAUCAACUUCUACAAGAGUUUAACUCUUAACAAAACCAUUGAAGCCUACAUCUUGUUGAAGAAGCAUGGGCAGGCGCUCUAUGAUGAGCAUCGUGACGACGCAAUGAGGGUCUACAACUUCUACAAAAAUGCAACGUGGGAGAUGUACGAGGAACUGAAAGAAAACGCCGUGGAGAAACUUCAGCAAUAUCGUGCCAAUAUGACCAUUAAGGUGAACGCAUUGGUGGCAAAACUGAGACAAUGUGAGAACAUGACGUACGAAGAGAUCGUAAUCAAGGCCUAUGAGUUCUCCAGAAAACAUGGAUUGGCUAUUUAUAAUAAUGUCACUCUGCGUGCUAUCAGGAUCUACAGGAACGUUACCAUCCGUGCAUUGAAACUGUACAAGAACAUUUCCACCCGUGGACUGCAGUACUACAAGAACAUCUCCCUGGAGGCAAUUAGCCUCUACAGGAAUGCUACGGUUCGCGUUCUCUCCCUGUAUAAGAACAUCAGCGCUCAUGGAAUUCAACUCUACAAGAAUAUCACUGUUCGUGGAAUUCAACUUUACAAGAAUGUCACCUUGGUUGUAUCUCAACUCUACAAGAAUGUUACCUUGCGUGCAAAUCAGCUUUAUAAGAAUGUCACCCUACGCGCAAUAGAACUCUUCAACGUCACCAAGAAUGCCACUCUUAAAGCGUACAACCUCACACUGACCCUGGUCAAUCGUACGAAGCUUCUGACCAUUAAGUACCUGGUUGUCACUCGCAACCUAACCCUCCAUUACUUCAAUGUCACUCGAAACUACACUCUUCAAUACUACAACUCGACUCGCAGUCUUGCUUUCAAGUAUUAUCAGAAGUACUACAACCUGAGCCGGAACUAUACUCUCUACAUAUACAACGUGACACGCAACAUGACGUUCCCUGGCCUUAACAAGACACGUGAGUUUGCCCUCCGUGGAAUACGAUACCUGCAGUAUCUAAACGAGACUUUGGUGCCCAUCAUGAAGGAACGAUUCCUAACAGGAAAAGUCUUGGCUGCGAGAUACGUCAACGAGACUGUACUGUUUGUACGAGGAACUAUGUAUAUGGUAAAAGUAUGGUAUCGAGAGAACAAAGAGAAGACCGUUGAUGAGCUGUAUUAUGAAGUGUACCAACUUGCAGAGCAUUAUUCCAUCGUAGCAAAAGAACUCUUAAGGCGCAAGUACGGUAAAAUUAAAGAACGCGUACAGGAAAAGAUAACCCAGUUGCAGACAAAUUUGAACAUUAAGUUGGAAGGAUGGAAAGAGAAGCUUCAUAAGCUGAACACAACGGUGGUAAACAUGAUAGCAGAAGCAAUCUCCUUAUACAACCAGACUGCUGACGUUACUUAUAUCGCUGCAAAAGAACUUGUUUCUAUCUUCCAUCCCUAUGUCACGUCCUUGCACAAUAAGACUGUUAUCUACUUUGUCCAGGCCAAGAACAUCUCCCUGCCUCUCAUUGGCAAGGCAAGAAACUUCACACUUUUGAAACUCGAGGAGACACGAAAGCUGAUUAACGAGACAUACAAGAACUUAAUUGAAUCGGAACACCUUCGGGACCUUAUUCAGAAACUUCAGUUACAACAGCGUUACGCCAAAGCAGAAGGGCUCAUUCGUAAGAAAUAUGAAGAACUUGAGGAAUAUGUCAAGGAGAUAAAACCUAAAGUUCAGGCUAAAGUCCAAGAAACGGUUGAUUACUUGAACGUAUCACUUCCACUCAGAUUCAAGGAAAGGUAUAUCUUUGUGCAGGAGAAGUACCAGAUGAUUAUGGCUAAUCCUCGAAUUUUCAUUGAAAGAGUUCUCAGGAACGCUCUGAUGUAUCUCAGAAAUGCCACAAGGGAGACCCCAAUCGAGGAAUACCUUUAUGAAGAAAGAUGGGUAGAGCUUAUUGAGCAAGCUAAGCAGCAUGAGCUGGUUGAAGUUGGCCGAAAUCUCACGAACUACACUUCCGAUUAUGCGCGACUAGCUGUAAAGUUGGCGUCAAAGAAUCUUAAGCUGUUCAUAGAGCAACUCAAGAACCAAACUAGCCUGAUCAAAGAAAAGGUAAAAGCUAAGGUACAAGAGACGCGGCAGACACUGAUUGAAAAUCUUGAAGGUUUGAGGGCCAAGAAACUCCGAGAAAUCGUCGAGCAUGAUUAUGUUUAUCAGACCAUCGAACUGGCGAAAAAUGUUACUCUGAGAGUUAAGGAUACAGUUCAAGGAGCCCGUAAUCUAACGCGCAAGAUCAUGGUAGUCGGACAGCUGUACUACAAAAACAUCACUGCCAAAGUUGGAAACUACACCCUCCUUCUUAGGAUGAAAGUUCACAAUUACACGAAGUUUCUAAAGCAGCGUGUCCAAAACUAUUCCAGGAUACUGAACGAGACCAUUCGUAAUUACACCAAGAUUCUGAAUGAGACGGUUUACAGUUACACCAAGAUCAUAAAGGCACAAGUUAAGAAUUACACCAACUUGAUCAACGUUACUGUUCAGAGCUACACUAGAAUUCUGAAUGCCUCCAUACAGAACUACACAAAGAUCUUGAAUGCGUCGAUGAAGCACUACACAAAGAUGUUAAAUGCGUCGAUUAAGCACUACGCUAAGAUCCUGAAUGCUUCGAUUCAGAACUAUACCAGUAUUCUACAGGCUAAAGUUCAGAAUUACACGAAGAUUGUCAAGGCGCAUUUCAAGAAUUUCACCUUAGUUUUGAGAGGCCAUUAUGAACGCAUAUACGAGAGCCACUUCCUUCCACUUUACAGAAAUGGUACUAUAAUGGUUUACAAGUACAAAGCGAUGGCUCAGCAUUGCAUUGGUCGAUGUAGUAACGUGACUUUGAGAGCAAUUUCCAUGGCACGCAACUGGACAACAGCUAAACUGAACCUGACGCGUGCGUGGAUAAACCAGACUCUGGAGAAGGGUAUCAAGUAUUACAGGGACGAAUUAAAGCCACUGUAUCACAGCAAAGUUCUUCCUUUCUAUAAUAAUACUCUCCAGCCUAUGUACCACAACCUCAGUAAACUCGUAGGAACACUUAAGAGGAACUUGACAUUACAGGCAAUCAUCGUGAAAGAGCGCGCGAUCAACUUGACUGACCAACUUGUCAAUCUCACAAUCAAUAGUGAUCCUUACGCUAUGCUUCGAAAGGUGGGCAAAAUGACCAUCCGCGAGUCUGUCAUAGAGGGACGCACCAUGUACAUCCGGGCUUACAACUACACACUGAACCUUACCCGACUGGUUGUGAAUGUAACGCUGACAAAGCUAAACGUCACUAAGACCCGACUGGAACUCGCUAUAAACAAGACUAUGUUGAUCAUUAAUACAACUAUAGUGGAAGCAAAACCCGUUAUUGCCUUCUUGAAUGCAACACGCGUAGAGAUGAUGGAGACGGCGAUAUUCAUCUGCAAGUACUAUGGACUUGAGGACUCGGUAAAAGAGCGUGUACGAAGAAGCCUUGACAUUACGAAAAAUGUCACCAUGAAAGCUGUCAACGCGGUUAAACGUUAUGCUCCCGUGCUCCUAAAGGCAUCAACGGCAAAAGUACUUGGCAUUUUUAACUACACCAUUCCAUACGCCCGCGAUUAUCUCAAUCGUACUAUUGUCUAUUUCAACGCAACUCUCGUCAAGGCAAGGCAUCUACUGAAUGUCAGCAUUCACAAUGCCACAGUGCUCCUUAACCAGACCCUUUACAAGGCAAUUCAAUUAACCAGGACUGCUUUCAAUGGAACCGUUCCCAAGAUUAUCCGUCUUUUGAAUGUCAGCAUCCACAAUGCCACAGUACUCCUUAAUCAGACCAUUUACAAGACAAUUCAAGUUACAAGGACUGCUUUCAACGGAACUGUUCAUAAGAUGAUCCAUCUACUGAAUGUCAGCUUUCACAAUGCCACAGUGCUCCUUAACCAGACCAUCCAGAAGACAAUUCAAGUUACAAGGACUACUUUCAACGGAACUGUUCAUAAGAUGAUCCAUCUACUGAAUGUCAGCUUUCACAAUGCCACAGUGCUCCUUAACCAGACCAUCCACAAGACAAUUCAAGUUACAAGGACUACUUUCAACGGAACUGUUGAAAAGAUGAUCCAUCUACUGAAUUUCAGCAUCCACAAUGCCACAGUGCUCCUUAACGAGACCAUCCAGAAGAUAAUUCAAGUUGCAAGGACUACUUUCAACGAAACUGUUCACAAAACUAUCCAGUAUGCCCGGGUUGCGUUCAACAAAACCGUUGACAAAACAGUCCAACUCGCCCAGGUUGUUCUCAACACGACGAUCAACAAAGCCAAGUCAGCUUUCAACUACACUAUCAGCAGAGCCCGUUUCUCUAUCCAGAAAGUCCGUGUUGCAGUUAAUGAAACCAUUGACAAGGCGCGUAUUUCCCUAGAGAGAGUUCGCUUAACCAUCAAUGAGACCAUCGCUGAUUUCCGUGCGGCUCUUCCAAACUAUAUCCAAGUGAGGGAUGGCGAAAUCACUCUUGUUGUACCACAUCCAAGAGCCAUUCAAUUGAACAUAACUUCUCUCGCUGUUGCUACGAUUGGAAGACUCAGAAACUUGUCAAUGGAAGCUCGUGGCAUAAUCGUUUCCAAGAUAGAGGCUUUGAAACACGAUGCGGUGCUUAAGUUUGAGACCUUGAAAACCACCGUACAGUCCUUUAAAGUAAAUGCACUGGAUAAGAUCAACACCUCGAAAGAAGAAGUCUUGAAAAAGAUGGAAACAUUGAAACGCGAAGUUGUUGCCACGAUGAAUUCUUUAAAGAAAAACGCACUUUUAAAAAUGGAGGAGUUGAAAGUUAACGCGUUAGAGAAAGUAAGCGAGUUGAAGGUUAAAGCAGCGAAUCUGACUAGGCGUGUGAAGACUCUAGGAAAAGCCUUGGUUGCUGAGGCCAUGAACAGAACGGUGCUGUACCGCCAAAGGGCCUACGGACUUGUAAUGGAAGCUUACAACAUCACUAGGCGUGUGAAGACUAUAGGCAAAGCCUUGGUCGCUGUGGCCAUGAACAGAACAGUGCUGUACCACCAAAAGGCGUAUGGAUAUAUCAUGGAAGCAUACAACAUCAGCAAGAAUUACCCGGCGACUGCGAGGUACAUUAAUGUUACUCUCCAUUACAUUAACAUCACCAAGGACUUGGCUGAUUUCUACCGCCAGAACGGCUACGCGUUUGUGAUGAAUGCUUACAACCUAACAAAGAACCAUCCUGUCAUCAUGAAAUUCCUGAACCUAACUGUUCGAUAUUUCGCCUUGACCAAAGAACUGGCUGUGAAGUACCACCAGACGACAAUCAGGCUGGCGACAAACUAUUACAACCUGACAAGGAACCAUCCAAUUAUACUGGAGUACACGAACAAGACUCUCGAGUAUUUCGGCGUCGCCAAGAACUAUGUCAGAGGCCUGAGCUUGACCCAGUUUAAGAACACGACUGUGACGUAUGUUGCUCGCGUUUUAAAUGUGUCCCGCCGAUAUUUCAACAUAACACAGAUCAGGAACAGCACAGAGAAAUAUCUUGUCCAAGCCUUGAACAUUACGCGCCAAUAUCUGAACGUCACACAGAUCGAGAACUUCAGCCGCCUUUACUUAAACCAAAUGCGAAACCUUACCUACAAGUUGCUGAACAUGUCGCGCCAGAGCCAAUUCCUUAACCAAGUGAGGAACAUGACGUACAAAUUCCUAGACUUGUCUCGACGUUGCACUUUCUUUAAACAGAUGAGAAACGCGACACACAAGUUCUUAGCGUUGUCUAGACGUUGUACCUUCUUUAAACAGAUGAGAAACGCGACGUACAAGUUCCUUGACCUGGCACGCCGGUGUACCUUCUUCAAACAGAUGAGAAACGCAACGCACAUGUUCCUCAACCUGUCACGUCGUUGCACCUUCCUUAAUCAACCAAAGAAUGUAACGCUGAAGUACCUGUAUCGAGCUGUGAACUUGUCACGCCACUGUCUAAACAUCACACAAAAGUAUCUGUCACAAGCCUUGAAUCUGUCACGCCAGUGGUACAGGAUAGGAGUUAACGCAACGCUGAACUACUCCAUGCAAGUGUACAGAAUCGCCGAGAAUGUAACGCUGGACAUCUAUAACUCGAGCUGUCUUAAGGAAGCUUUUGCCAAGGCGACGAAAUACUCGACGAUUGCUUUGAAUGCCACUGUGAAGCUUUGCAGUAACUAUUCCAGCACUGCUUUGAACAAGACUAUGAUUUUAUACAGGAACUAUUCAACAGUAGCCUUAAACAAGACUCUAGCCUUGUACCGAGAAACUUUAAAUAGAGCUAGGAACUUCUCCGUAGUAGCAGUAAAGAAGACCAUUAAACUAUACAGACGCAUGCGCAACAGGGCAUUGGUAAUCAUUUCCAACACGACGUUAGUGAAGCAGUACAUCCCUAUGGUCAAGAAAUAUGUGCCACUCGCUAUCAACAUCACCCGUAACUUCACUGUACAGACAUACAGAGUAGCAGUAAAUGUAACCUUGGAUGUUUAUAACUCCAGUUGUCUGGAAGAGGCCUUCAACAAAACAAGACGAUACUCGAAGAUAGCUUUCAACGCCACCAUGAAAGUCUGCCAAGUGGCAUUGGUACGCGCUAAGAAUGUUUCUGCCAUUGCAUUAAACAAGACCUUCGCAUUGUGCAAGAAUUAUUCUGCCAUAGCUUUGAAUAAGGCUAUCGCCCUCUACAACAAGACGCUUGAACUGUACAAGAUUUGCUCCAAGAUAGCUUUGAACAAGACAAUCGCCUUCUACGACAAGACAGUUGAACUUUGCAGGAACUACCCUAGGAUUGCUCUCAACAAGACCAUCGCCUUCUACAAUAAAACAGUCAAGCUAUGCAGACGUCUGUACAAUAGGACCAUGACGGUCGUGUACAACACAACUUUAGUGAAGCGCUACAUUCCUAUGGUCAAAAAGUACGUGCCCCUUGCUGUCAAUGCCACCCGAAACUUCACUGUGAGGGCCUACAAAGUGGUAGUAAAUAUAACAAUGGACAUCUACAAUUCCAGUUGUUUAGGAGAGGCCUUCAACAAAACAAGAAAAUACUCGAGGAUAGCUGUCAACAAAACCGUGAAACUCUACCAAGUAGCAGUGGUACACGCUAGAAAUAUCUCUGGUUUAGCUCUGAACAAGACCUUUGCACUGUACAAGAACUACUCAACGAUAGCUUUGAACAAGACCAUCGCCAUCUACAACAAGACCCUUGAUUUGUACAGAAAUUGUUCCAAGAUAGUUUUGAACAAGACAAUGGCUUGCUUUAACAAGACACUAGGAGUGUACAAGAAUUACUCCUCCAUAGUUUUGAACAAAACUAUCGCCUUCUAUAACAGAACAGUGAAGCUUUGUAAGCGUCUGUACAAGAAAUCCAUGGUAAUCGUAUCCAACACCACAUUGGUUAAGUACUAUAUUCCAAUGGCGAAGAAAUACCUGCCAGUUGCCGUUAAUACCACACGAAACUUCACUCUAAAGGCGUACAGGCUGGUUGUGAGUGUAACCUUGGACAUCUACAAUUCCAGUUGUCUCGGAGAAGCUUUUAACAAAACCAGAAACUACUCUAAGAUGGCUUUCUACACAACCGUCAGACUGUACAAAAUGGCAGCGAUUAAAGCAAGGAAUUAUUCCGGAAUGGUGUUGAACAAGACCCUCGGAUUGUACAAGAACUAUUCCACCAUCGCAUUGAACAAGACGUUAGAGUUGUAUGGAGAAGUGCUAAUUAAGGUGAAGAACUAUUCAGCGUUAAACAAGACCAUUGCCCUCUGUCAAGGUGUAUACAUCAAAGGCGUAGAAGUAACGAAGAAGUACCUCCCGAUGGCAUAUAAUCUCUCACGCCGGUGGUGCGGUGCCGGAUUUAACACCACUCGCAGCUUUGUUCUUCAAGUCUACAGGAACGCCGUGAACGCAACUCUCGACAUUUGUCAAUCCGAGAACCUGCCUCAAGCCUUAGUGAAGUUCAGGAAUUACUCCAUUGAAGUCUUUGACCAGACCGUGGAGUUAUGUCAGAGGUUCUAUCGUCAGUUGUACAACGCUACUCUUGAGAAAUAUCGCGAUGUUUACAGCCAGUCCUUGGCGCUGUACAGGAAAAUAGCUUAUCAUGAGAUAACAGUGGAGUGUAUCAACAGAGCCCGCAGCUACUUCCACUACUCGAAACAUAUAGUCAAGAUGAGAGUUAGGAACUUCCAUCGAGCCAAGGGUCACUUGCAAAAGCGGGUCAACCAUCAUAUAAACCGAGUGACACACCUGUUGAACCCAAUCAAUUGGAUUCCACCUUUUAAUAGUAAGUAUUACUCGAUGAUUUUUGUUUUAAUGGCCUUUGUAGAGCACUUCUGGGAAAAACGGAAGACCCAUGUGAUAAAUCGUUAUCCCGACACUCUCCAGGACGCCGGUAGCCCUUCCAUCAUAUACACUACAGAAUCCAGAGAUCUGGCAUUCUGGGCCUGAUAUCAAGACAUCUUUUUGAUUUCUAAGUCUUUGUGUAUUAUCUUGUAUAUUACCACAGAAAAGUAAGGAAAGAAAGGGUUGAUCUAUCUAAAUGACAAUUAUCCGAACUUUUGGCUUAAACCACUUUUGUUGCAGAAAAUUAACUAUAUUUUCGCUCUUUUUUGCUUCAGGCACAGCCAUGAUCUUUGGAGGACCUCAUGUGUACACGUUUGACGGCACCUAUUACACGUUCCCUGGUUAUAAGAAGCCUAAUUGCAUGUAUGUGCUGGCAAGGGACGUUCGUGAUAAUAAGUUUACCAUCAUGAGUCAAGAGACCGCCAUCUUAGUUGUCACGAAGGACUCCAGUGUGAAGAUACACCAGGAUGGAAGAGUGGAGACCAUUGUCAAGGUUAGUAUAGAAAAAUUUGGUACUGUAAGAGAUUGAUCAACUGAACUUUAUCUUGCAAACUUGCACCAUGUCAAAUCAAAGAUUCAACUAAAUAUGUACUUAAUGUUUAUUGUUAUUAGUUAUUCGUGCGUGAUACUGGGGACCACACCCAAUGGACAAAAGGCACUUGGACAUUUUCUGAAACCACCGUCGCAAACUCACGACAUUGCGAAGGAUUUUGCGUAGCGCGGAAAAAUAAGUACAGGUCCAUUAAGAUUUGACGAGAAACUUAGUUUAGGAAGAGAAAGGGUGCAGCAAGUUCUUGUCUGUACUGCGAAGUCAGUAUCUCCACCCUUAAACCUCAAGAGUCACCCAACAUUCAAUUUUUCUCCAUAGUUACAUUGUUCGAUCAAAUACAAAGGUAGUAAGAAAAUAAAGUGAUCACCAAGCGAAAAGGUUUUGAUUGUUAAAUAAAUUAUCCUCAUAAAUACUAAAGGAAUUGUUUAACGAAGAGGGUGGAAAAUACGUAUAUUAUCUACCGUUUUCAGAUUACCACGUCCGGAAAGAAAACAAGUGACGGUUUCGUCAGUGAGCUCCCUGUGGAAACGCUCAACACCACCGUUCAGCGGGAAGGUUCCUUCAUUAUCCUUCGACAUGAUCUUGGCUUGGAGAUUGUUUGUGACGUUGAACAUUAUCUGUGCACCUUUAACAUUGCCAAAUGGUACCACGGCAGGAUGGCAGGUAACACUUGCUUCAAAAUGUUAGCUUAGUGAAGGGGUAGGUGGGCAUUUUCUCAGAAAUCUAAAUUGAUCAAAUGUUCACACUUCUUUUACAUUUACAAGUGAAAAUAUAAGCGCAACUAAACGGGGAAAUAUGUCUAUUACGACCCCGUUAUUUGGAAAGUUUAGUCUCUUUGAUUACAUGCAGUUGAAAAAUAAAAAAAACUUUUCUUAUGGAGCACCUCUUUUCAUUUUUGCCCAAUUGCCCUUCGCGUUUCCCCUUUCCCUCGUUCCACUCUAUUACGUUAGCCACGCUGGCUACGAAGAUACCAACUGAUAUAUCCCAGAUGUCAUCCUUUGUUGUAAUACAGACUCUUAGCCCUGCUUUCUGGGGGCUAUGAAGCGUGGUAUGGAAGGGAGAGGGGAGGCGGGGGAAGAGGGGGGAGUUAGACAGGUGAAGGUACUUAGCUGUAACCUUACGGCGUUUUUGUAAUCAUGCUGUUACGCUUCGACUAAGACUAAUUGCCAAGCCAACAUCGUUUUAUCUCUUUUUAGGUCUCCUGGGAACCAACAAUAACGAGUUCCAUGAUGAGUUUAUGACAGCUAAGAACAAACCAACUAAGAAACUGACCGAAUUCGUCAAUUCUUGGGAGAUCACCCGUGAUCCAGAAUGCAAGAUCCAUUCUAUUGUUCCUGAAAAACCCAAGUGUAAGGAGACCAGCUACAUUCAACGUUGCCGCGCUCUGUUCAAGGACAAGAAGUCGCCACUCCAUCGGUACUUUUCCGUUGUUAAUCCCGAGCCUUUCGUCAAGGCCUGUGAAAUCGAUUACAAGGAUUGUGAGACCAGUACACCCAAGGACAUGAAGCACUGCAAUACGACUGCCGCCUACAUCGAGCUGGUUAGAAUGCGAGGAGAAUGGGCCGACUAUCUGCCAGAAUGUGGUAAGUUAAAGUGGUCAUACAAUUGACCAAAUGAGUCAGACACCGUUGGGAUAGGCUCUUAGUGUCUCUAUUAGAGUCAUGUCCGUCUAAUAUAGAGUCAAAUAAACGAAGUAAAGACAGGAGGUGUCCGUCCUACAGAGGUGUCUGUAUUAUAGAGUUGUCUGUAUUUUUUGAUGUGAAUAAGUUACAGUCACCGUGGUUUUUUAUUUUCAGUGACUCACAGUAAGAGAUGACAGGUCAUAGAAUAUAAUACAUUUCAUAGCUAUUUCGAAUAGGUAUCUCGUAUAAAGUAAACUACAUUUCGUAUGGAAGCCAGGAAUUAAUGAACUCUAUUACCGUCUGUUUUGUAGGUCGUUGCGGAUCAAACCAGAUGGGUAAGAGAUGGUUUCAGCGAGCAAACAACAUGGUUGAUGUUGUGGUGUUGGUGCACGAGACAUCAGUCCUCAAGGCUUACGCAGAGAAGAUACCAUCUUUACUGGGCAGCAUCACCAAGGCUCUAGACUCUUACAAGUAUUCUUUCAAGUUCGGCGUUAUGGCUUUUGGAGGUCGCUUGUCACAUGGGCGCCCGCAUGCAAUCACUCUUAACGGUCAGCUGAUGAAUGACUUAGACAGUUUGGAUAGCGCUUUUGAACAUCUGAAAUUCGCUGGCGAGGAGUCUGAGAAUGACACUGGAGACGCUUUGGAGGCUAUGGCAAAGGCAGCUUAUGUGUAUCCAUUCAGACCAGGUAAGGUCAAAAAUCACGCAUGACUGUUGUAGGGGAAUACAUUAGGACAGAUAACAGCUUCAAGGAACUAGCCAACAAUACAAGUGAAAUAGAAGAUCAACAACUAAAAACAGUAAAAGCACAUUAAAAGUACAAAAGAAAAGAAUGAACAAUAAUUCAUUAAGAAUUAAACGCAUUGCAGUAGUGGUUUUGAAAAACUGUUUAGAUUAAACAUUAUUUUAAACUGUUGUAUAUAACUUGUGAAUUAUGAAGCUUUGAGUUUCUAAUUUAGAAGUAAUCUCUUCUCUCUUGUUAAGUUUCACCGCAAGUAAUUGACAGGUGAAUAAAUUCAGCGAGAUGUGUUAAAACAGUCUCUUUAAUCCAAAUUCUACAUCCUAAAGGCCUGAAAUAAUCUAGCAGAAAGGGAAGCCUCGGAUUAUGUUACAGCCUGUUUACAUGGCGUUCCCUUCUAUUAAACUGCCAUCUCCUUCCCCCUGCCUUUCAUUGUAUUAACCAAUAUGGUUUGUGUCCUUUAGCUGCUACCAAGAUCUUCUUACUGCUGACCAGCAAAGAACACAGCGCAUUGGUUCACGCCGUUACUGUAGACAGUAUGGGCAAACUGUUGGAGGCAAAAGAAAUCACUCUCAACGUUAUUGGCAAGUACAGGAAAUACAGUGGCGAGGUGGUUGGACAAGACUACAGAGGACGAGUGUUCUACAGAAAGAAGCCGGAAACGGGUACUGGCGCAGCUCCUCUCCCAGAUGGCGAAUACGUAUCACUGAUGAAAGGAACGCAAGGUUCUGUAUUUGGAUUGCCAUUCUUGGGCUCGAAGAAUAAGGAUAAAUUUGGAGCUUUGCAACUAGCCAGUUUGAGCACGUGGCGAGAGCAGAUUAAACGAGAUCAGGUCACUUGUAAGGAAUGCUUCUGCGCCCGUGGUGAUUCUGGCCAGGGUAAGACCGUCUGUAAGGUGAACUCCUUCCACCAGAAGUGCUGA